CCCUCCCCAACGUGGCGGUUUACUGGAGGCGGUUCCCUUAGUAUCCGGGAGAGUUUGAGUCUGUGGCGAGCGGCUCACCGGUACUGGGAGUCACAGAUGCCAGGAAGUAUGGCCCCCCUCAAGAAGCCUCGAAAUACCACAAGGGUGCCUCUGGCUUUAAACCCCCUGAAGAGCAAGGACGUGUUGGCAGUGCUGGCUGAGAGGAACCAGGCUAUAAUGCCAGUUGGGGCAUGGGUGGAACCUGCCUUGCCAGAUAGUUCGGAAGUCCCAGCAUAUACUUCAGCAUAUAUGAUUGAAGAAGAACUAAAGGAACAGCUAAGAAAAAAACAAGAAGCUCUGAAGCAUUUUCAGAGACAAGUCAAACACCGAGUAAAUCAGCAAAUCAGGCUGAGAAAAAAGCAACAGUUUCAGAGAUCUUAUGAAGCAGCAGAAAAAGAAGGCUCUAUAGCCAUGCAGUCUUCAGAUCCAGCACAUUUAACUCCUAAAAGAACAAGUGUUUUUCCAAGCAACUUGAAUGCUGCUAUUGGAAGUGCUAGGUUACCUCCUUCCCAGAUGCUUGGGGAUGGAAUGGAUGACAGAGAGAAUCAGAAUGAAUUAUUCCAACAACAAGCCCAGGCUCUUAGUCAAACCAUGAAACAGGCCCGUCACCGGCUGGCAUCCUUUAAGACCGUGAAUAAAAAAAAUGCGUCAGUGUUUCCAGAUGGUAGAAGGAAAACCUUUCCCCCUCAAGAGAAAGCACUUUAUAGGAAGUCAUCAUCCCUCAAGAUAAAUACAGGAACAAGAGGACAGUUGACCUUUAAGGAACCUGACUCUGAGGAAUCUUCAUCUAUUAUGAUAGAUAAGAAAGGGACAGAAAAUUUGUUUUGGGGAGACCAGCAGGAUCUCCUUUCUGAAGACAGGGACAAACCUUUCAGCAGAGUUCAGAAAGUACAGUUCAAAAAUCCACUAUUUGCUGUGAUGAAAGAGGAAGAGCAAAAGCAAUUAGAUCUUCAAGGCCUUCAGAAUAUUUUUCCAGAAGCCCAGGAUUAUCUUCCAGAAGCCCAAUGUGAUCUGCUGGAAACCCAGGGUGAUUUGACAGGAGUCCAGAGUGUUGAGCUAGAAGCUGAGAGUAUUGAGCCAGAAGCCAAGAGUGUUGAGCCAAGACUCAAUACUCUGGCUAUUGAGCUGGAAAGCCAAGCUGUUGAGCCCGAAGCCCAGGCCAUUGAGCCUAAAGCCCAGGCUGUUAAGAUAAAAACUCAGGGUAUUAUGCCAGAAGCCCAGAAUACUGAACUAGAUGAUGGGAGUAUUGUGUCUAAAGUCCAGGAUUUGCUACCCAAAGGACAAUUUGUUCUUCCCAAAGACCAGAAUAUUCUACCCAGAUGUCAGGACCAGGACUUUCUACUUAAAGACCAGGAUUUUCUACCCGAAUGUCAGGACCAGCAUUUUCCACCCAGAGACCAGCAUGUUCUCUCUGAAGACCAGAAUAUUCAAUCCAAAUUUCAGGACCAGGAUUUUCUACCCAGAGACCAGCAUCAGCAUUUUCUACCCAGAGAUCAGGAAGCAAAUUUGAAGCAGCCAGCAUCAAUUUUGAUAGGCCCAAGAGGGAGAGAGGUGUUUCCUCUGGAUGUCCAUCAGGAUAUUCUACCCAGGCAUCAAGAUCAGACCUCCACCAGGGACAAGAAAGUACGCUUCAAGGAGUCAUAUUCUGAUAUGUCAAGUGAGAAAGGGAGAGAAGACUAUUCUCUGGCAGGUUAUCAGUAUCUGCCUCCUAAACUCCAGGACCAGACCUUCGUCAGAGAUCAGAGCAAGUAUAUCAAGCAACCCUCAUCUUGUGAGAAAUGGGAGAUUGAAAGAAGAAUUGCUUCUGGAGUGCCAUCG